ACAUCAGGAAUACUUUUUUAUUCCAAUCUAAGCAGUCUCUAAGUUUUAAAUUCAAUCAAAUUUGUUGUACCAGAACCAGAACUCAACUCAGCUAAGGGUUUUCUUAAGAAAAAUGGCGAUUUCAUGUGCAAGUCUGAGCGAUGAGACGGCAAACCAGAUUCUCUUAAAAUUAUCAGUUAUCUCCGGCUCUUCGGAAGGCGGCGAGUUUAGAGCCGCACAAAGCAACGGCGCUCCAUCCAUCGAAUUAGACGACGACAAUCCAAAGAGCUUAUCGGAAAGUGAAUCAGAUGAAAGCGAUGAAGCCUUUCCAGAUUCGAUUGAAGGGCGCUCCGCUACAGCGUAUUUAAAUUACAUGCGGGAAUGCAAACGCCGUUUUGGAGCCAUGUACCACGGACAGAAGGCUGUGAAAGUGGCGGCGCAGCGUUGGCGGACAAUGUCCCCAGAGCAACGAUCCCGCUACCGUAGGGCUGGCUAUCGGUCUGCAAGCUCCAUAACAGCGAUUAAGCAAGGCACAGAACAGGAUGCUUUAACCAGCGAGACAAUUUGUAUAGUGGAUCCUUCUGAUUCCUCCCUGGACGAAGAGGAAUGUGGCAAGAAGCACAAGCUCGGCUGUGGUAAGCCUAAGCGCAAGAAGUCGAGUUGUGGAAAGCGCAGACGCAAGAAGUCCGCUUGCAAAAAGCAAAAGCUCAAGAAGUUCUGCCGCAAGCCCAAGAAGGGCAAGAGGACCUGUUGACAAAAACGUAAAUUCACACAACGUGCGGAACGACGGGUUGGACCAGGACGACGAUCACCUGAAGAUUAUUAUAACGAUAUAUAGAAAGAUAUAGAAAUAAAUCCUGAAAAAAAAUUCUAAA